UAAACUUGAUUUCAUGCCUUUUUACGUUAAAAAAAUUUUUACUUUAAUUGCAUAAAGUGAAUACGAGUAAUUUUUCAAAAUAAUGUAAAUUUUUUUUUUAAUACGAAUGUAAAUUUGCAAAUGGGAAUAAGUAGCGAUAGUAAAAACUGUUUUAUCGCGAGUACGUGAGAAAUUGCAAAGGAUUAGCGCGGUUAAGAAAUUCGUGCCGCCGAUUAUUGUAUUGCUUAUUCGGAGACUUCGAUAAUCUUCGACAAUGUUGAUUUCGUUAUAUUCGAGAGUUGGAGUUGACUUCACUGUAGUCAAAGAAUAUAACCAACCGCGCUACCAUAAUGAAGGUUCACGUAUAUUAUUUCUCUCUAGAGUCUCUCAAGUCUCCUCUGAAACCAGUCAGUUCAAAUGCCUCGAUGAUCAUGGAUCCACCCGAGGACAUUCCCUUUGAAUACAGUUAAAGAAGAAAAAUUAAAAUGUGACACAAAACAAUGUUUUUUUUUAUAUAUACUUAAAAAGUACAUUGGUUUGCAUCAAAAUAACUUCCAUUUAAUAGUUAUUUAAAAGAAAAAAGAUUCUAAAUAGAAAAAAAACAAGUGUCUUGUUUUUUUAUUUUGUGGUGAAAUUAAAAUCAAUAUAUAAUGUUGUUGUGCACAAUAUGCAUAUCUUUUGUGAUCUCUUCCACUUUUGCAACUCUAAAUCCUGAUGGCCUGAAAUGUGGACAAAAGAAAUGUUCACCAUCGGAAUAUUGCAGUCCCUUUGAUUCACAAUGUCGGCCAUGUUCUGUUAUUUGUAAUUCUACAAGCCACAAUCAUCAACCGGAAUUGUGCACAAAGGAUUGUCAAGAGUAUCUACACGACCAAAGAUACGUUCUUCGGACAGAUUUGAAAUUGGAAGACGACCUGCGAGAGGAGAUUCGGAGGCAAAGGACUCUUCUCAAGAUAUCAUUAUCACUAACUUGCCUUUCAUUGCUGGCAAUUAUUUACUUAUUAGCGAGAACGUUAAUUAAGUGGCAAAAAGUUAAAACCUUCCUUCAAAAGACUUUCAGGAAAAAGUGGCCGCAGAAAGUGAAAAAGCACAAGAACAAAGUUCGUGACGAGGUGGAUGCUGGAGCGAUUAAGCAGAAUGGAUUAAAAUUAACGAUGCCAACAAUAAGUGGAAGUGUUGCAGCUUCGGAGACUACUAUCAAUAUCGAUGAUGGCACACCAAGUACCGCAAGUACCGAUUUAUCAAAGAAUAAUGCCUGUGAAGAUAAUGCACUCGAUUACGCCUAUGAUAAUUUGGCAAUGACACCCAGUCCAGAUACUUCACAAUCAAGAAACAAGAGGGAAAGUUCUUUGUGAAAUUUGCUUAAAAAGGUUCGUUUUCACGAGCCUUUUAUUAGCAGAAAUCGAAAAAUCAUUCCAAUCACGACUGACGUCGAAAUUAAUCAUCAAAUUCAUCAAAAUCCGUCCACUUCGAAAUUAUAGAAUUUUCAAUUCUUCAUAAUUCGAAAAACUUUUUACAUAGAAAGACAUUUUCAAAUUUUUUUGAAAAACUAAAAAAAAAUUUCUAAUCACUAAUUUCUUUUUAACACAGUAUUUUUGAAUUUUUAUAUGAAAAAAAAUUUUUUACAGAAUCUAAAUAAACAUUUUAUAAAAUCUUUGAUAGAAAAAAAAAAAUUUUUGUAGAAUUUUCUACACAAAAAAUGUAACAAACUUUCUAUACGAUUUGAUAUAAAAGUAUUUUUAAUACGAGAUUUUUGAAAAUUUACAGUCAAAAGAAAAUUAUAAGGAAUGUAACUAUGUACACUUGAAAAUCGGA